GCUGCAGUAGACCCAGCUUUGAUCCUCACUCCUCGGCCAAACGGAGUAGACAGGGGCGGUCCAGGUGCCUCGUCUGACCAGCGGAACGUGUAUUAUAUUUACCCAUACAUGUAAAACAGCACACACACACACAUACACACACACGAGGAGCCCCGAGUGAACCACGUGAUCUAAUGCGGAAAUUGUCCGGUGGGGAAAGUGUGUCGGAGAGCAGAAGAGGGGUGUGGAGGUGUCGGCGUUUGUAUUUUGUAUUUUGAGCUCUCCCGGUGGUAACGCUACUGGACUGCCCGUGACAAAACAACACUUCAACGGAGGCACCGACGACGAGCUGUACGUGUAAGGAGUUUGUUCGUCUGCGGUGAAUGAAGUCAGGGUCGUUCUGGGGUCAGACUUGCUGAGAUGACUAGGCUGUGACAGUGGUGUGUCCAAGUGUGUCUGUGCUGGACCGAUUCCUGUGACAUGGCUGCUGCAAAGAAGAGUUGUGCAAAGACGGGAGGCGUGCGCUUCUCAGAGGAACCCCCCGCUGCCGGAGCCCCAUCACACGUUCACUUCGACGAAAAGCUGCAUGACUCCGUCGUCAUGGUGACUCCGGAGGAUGACGGAAACUUCAUGGUCAAGGUUGGCUUCCUAAAGACGCAGCACCGGUAUGAAAUAGUGUUCACCUUGCCCGAGGUCCCAGGUCUGGGGAAGAAUGUUUGUCCAGCACCGGUACCCAGUCCACACCUUCGGAUCACUGAUAUCUCAUCAGCGCCAGAGGGAGGUCUGAAGGUGACGUGCGAGUACAUGGCCCAGCAUGAGGGAGUCCUGUGUGAGGAGGUGCUGCUGCUGAGCGAGACCGUCGAGGACGCCUGCGUUAAAGUCAAAGUUCACGCCAGAGUCAUGGAUCGUCACCACGGUACGCCGAUGCUGCUGGAGGGAGUUCGCUGUAUCGGUGUCGAGUUGGAGUACGACUCCGAGCAGAGCGACUGGCAGGGAUUUGACUAAAAGCUUUAAAGCUUCUGCUUUCUUUCCUCCCUGAAGUACACACAUACUUACUGACAUACACUUAAUAAACACAACACACACACACACACACAUACACAGCAGCCAUUCUCCCAAAUAGAAAAAGUGUACAGUGUUUGAAGCCUCCAGUGUGAUUCAAGUGUUCGGUUUUUGGAUUGACCACAUUGACAGCAUUGACAGUUUGUACAUUUGCUCCAUCUUUCUGCAGCUCCACCAUCUCUCCUCAUCCACCCUGUAGUUGUGUUUUCCUUAAUGAACCUCUAGAGGGCAGCAGCACUCUUUGAAUCAGUCCAGCUCCUUUUCACGACCUCUUGUGCGCCGGUUCACUCUUCCCCCUGAUGUACAAACUGUAUCCAACGUGGAUUUAUUAUAGGUGAUGGAGUAAACAAGGGCUCUUUUAUUAUUUAAUUAUUUAAGUAGAUUAUAAAACUGACCUUUUAAAGAAGGAAUAAAGGAAUCUGCACGUUUCAGGGAGAAAGAUUAGCAAUGCUGCAAUGCAUGUAAUGUCGCUGUUUAACCAUCAGGGGGCGCUGCAGGCUGAUAUAUGUCCUCCAGCGUGCUCAGGGUUCUACAUCUAAAGGAAAAAUCCAACUAUUUCAUGAAUUGUAACUCACUACUACUGAAGUUCUUCUUCCCAGGAAAUCCCAAACAACACGUGUGAACGUAUAUAUAUUAUAUAUAGGCGUAUGUGUGGAAAGCAGCUGCAGCAGAAGUAAUAAUGUUCCAGUUGGAUCUCCCUGUAUGAUUAUUAAACAUUUGUGUCAAAUAGUGCGUAUAGAAAGAAGAGCUUUGUCUUUUUAUUGCGAGGAACUGACACCGAAAUCUGAGUUUUAGGAUCUCGGAAACAUUUUUCUGCCACCAAACUUCUUCGUUGUCGAGCUGCAAACAUCUUUUUUUUAAUGUUUUGCCACUUCUCACAGAAUUUAAACAAUCCCAGAUUUAAGCACAUGUGCUGUGUACUGUAUGGAUGGAGAUGAAACAAUUGGUCGGUUAAACAAAUAACUUAAUCUGCAGCUAUUCUGAUAAUGGAUUAGUUGAAAUCACCAUUUUCUGGCACCAGCUUUGCAAAUGUGAGGAUUUUCUGCACGUCUUUGUUUUAUAACUUUGUCAAUGUUAAUAAUUUAUGUGGAUUUUUUUGGACUUCUGAUCUGACAAAGACGUUUAAACACUUGUGACAAAUAUCUUUUCAGUAUUUUUGACCAAUCUACUAAUCAAGAAAAUAACCAUUAUUGAAAAUAAUCUUGCAUGAGCGUACUUUGGCUUGAUUUCUUCUUUUUAAGAAAGAGUUUGGGAAGGAAUUGUUUCUUUGGUUUGGAUUUACAACGCCUUCAGAACACACAUGCGACACAAGUGCCUUUCAUUGUACCAACUCCAUGUUUAACCAUCCUGUCACAUACUGUAGCUACACGACAAACCAGUUUUGGAGCACACCACACAGAUUCAGUAUAACAGCUGCUUGUUUGAGGUCUUUCCAGUGUUUCAAUCCCACUUCUUCCAUCUGCUUGCUGACGGGCACAAUCACUCCGUCAGCACUGCUUCAUUUACAUUUGUGCUCACAGAGAAAGUGCCAUGAUCUGGCCCUGGCACUGUCCCUAUAAUAUCUCCUCUUUUCUUUUGUUUUUGUCGAAUACAUCAGCCUUAAAGGAAACGAUUCUGUGUGAAACUUCUCUGCAUAAAGUGACCACAAGCUGUUGGUGUAGUGCAAAUUAAAAAAUCGACUGAUUUGAUGUUUGCUUGCGUGUAGUAUAGGUCAAAGUCUGGUUUGUUUCUUCUCUGAAGUGCUCAGUAGGUUACUGUUUGAAGAAUGUAGCAGUUAAUUUGUUGAUAUAUUUGCUCCCCCGUGAGUGUGAUUUUUAUUUUUUAAUGUCCAGUAUAUUCAAUAAAAAGAAAUGUGUGUAA